GUGAAGAAAAAAACAUUGUAUUAUUUGAGCUGCGUAACUGGAAAAGAAACUGAGAGAAAUUCAGCCGUGAGAAAAUUGUUAAGCUAUGGCUACACUAAUUGUUCCUCGCGAUGUUCCUUCCGCCAAUGUCGAUGCCGAAGCUCUCAGAACCGCUUUCAAAGGCUGGGGAUCCGACGAGAAGGCCAUAAUCUCGAUCCUUGCUCAUAGAAAUGCGAUUCAAAGGAGGCAAAUCAGGAUUGCUUAUGAACAGCUUUUUCAGGAGGAUCUUAUCAAGCGCCUUGAAUCGGAGAUCUCUGGCCACUUCGAGAGAGCGGUGUACCGAUGGAUGCUGGAUCCGGAGGACAGAGAUGCUGUUUUGGCCAACAUAGCCAUAAGGAAGCCCAAGGAAGAUUUUGCUGUGCUCGUCGAGCUUUCUUGCAUCUACUCUCCUGAAGAGCUAUUAGGGGUCAGGAGGGCUUACCAACACCGCUACAAGCGCUCCCUAGAGGAAGAUGUUGCAGCCAGCACCAACGACGAUUUGCGCACGCUGUUAGUUGGACUAGUGAGUGCAUACCGUUACGGUGGAGCGGAUGUAGAUCUAAGCCUGGCUAAAUCAGAAGCGGAGAGACUUGAACGUGCAAUCAGAGACAAAACCUUCUAUCAUGAAGAUGUUAUCAGGAUCUUAACCACAAGGAGUAGGCCACAGCUGGUUGCAACUUUCAAUCACUACAAAGAUGCCUUCGGUAUUUCCAUUUCUGAGCAAUUGUCCAGUGAUAAAGCAGGCAAAGAGCUCACAGAAGCACUGCGAACCAUCAUUGAAUGCAUCGAUGACCCUUUCCAGUACUACGAGAAGGUGGUGCGAAAUGCAAUCAAGAGGGUCGGGAAGAGCGACGAGGAUGCAUUGACUCGAGUGGUGGUGACGAGGGCGGAGAAAGACUUGAGGCAGAUAAAAGAGGCUUAUCACAAGAGAAACAGUGUUACCCUUGACGAUGCUGUGUCCAAGGAGACCUCUGGCGACUACAAGCGUUUCAUCCUUGCUCUUCUUGGUAAUUAAAGCUUUGAUUAAGUACUCUGCUUUGCGUGCUUAUCAUCAUCCUAUUAUGAGUAUCCUAAUAAUCGGCUUUCAUUUAGUGUAUGUUGCUAUAUUAUAUAUAUGAUCAGUGUCUUGUAUUGCAGACCUUUGGUUUUGUAUGAAUAUGAACACUUAUUUAGUUGAAUUGUGCUAUCCUAUCAUAUCC